AUGUUUUAGUAAUAACUUGUCAAUCACCUACCUUAUUUGAUGGCUUUAGACAAAUCAAAGGAUCUUGAAUCCAUUGGUUAUUAUCUUUCUGAACAUCUGAAAGUGGCAGGAGGAUAUUGGACAAUCAAUGCAAUAGCUUGUCUAAACAAAUUAGAUGAUAUCAGUGAGGAGAAGAAGCAGCAAUUAUCAAAAUGGCUUAAGGAAUGUUAGAAUUAAGAUGGCGGUUUUGGUGGUAAUACUAAUCAUGAUUCUCAUAUAACAAAUACACAUUACGCCAUUUUACUCAGUUUUUUAUUGAAUUGUGAAUUGGACUAUGAGGCAGCAGCCAAAUACGUAGCAGCAAGAUAGAGAAAGGAUGGAUCAUUUGAAGGAGAUCAAUGGGGAGAAGUGGAUGCAAGAUUCUCAUAUUGUGGGUUGUCAUCCUUAACAUUGUUAAACAAAAGAGAUUUGAUAGAUGUCAAGAAGGCAGCUAGUUACAUUAAGAAAUGUAGAAAUUUUGAUGGAUCAUUUGGAGGAAUUCCAGAUGCAGAAUCUCAUGGAGCCUAUGUUUUUUGUUGUGUUGGAACCCUGUAUUUAUGUGAGGACUUGUCUUUCAAUAUUGAUGAAUUAUCAAUGUGGAUUCACGAGAGACAAACAAGUAAAGGAGGAUUAAAUGGAAGACCUGAGAAAUUGGCUGAUGUGUGUUAUUCUUGGUGGAUGUACAGUGCAUUGUGUUUAUUGAAAAGAGAACAAUGGAUAAAUUAAUAGGCCUUAGAAAAUUACAUACUGGAGUGUUAAGAUAGUGAUGGGGGCAUUGCCGAUCGACCAAAUAAUUAAGCUGAUGUUUUUCAUACAUUCUUUGGGUUGGCAGCAUUGUCAUUGCUCAAUGGGGAUAAAUAUCAAUUGAAUCCUAUUGAUCCUGCAUUUGCACUUCCAAAAUCAAUACUCAAAAAUAUACCUGGAGCGAGUAGAUUUAUUUAAUCUUGA